UUCAUUGUUGUUACAGUCAAAGAAAUCCCUUUUAGAACAAACAAGAACAACAUCAACAACCUCACCACCAACAGCUACUACAAAGUCCAACCUAUUCAUUCAUUCAUUCAAUUCAACCCCACUUUUUUUCUCUUCAUUUUCUUAUUAAAAAUCUCAACUUUUUUCCAUAACAAAUGCUAUAGAAUGGAAAACUCAACUUCAACAAGAAACUCUUCUGAUUCUCUUUCUGCAACUCUUAUCAACUCAAUCCAAGCUUUGGGUCGUGGUUUUGAUGUUACAUCAGAUAUUAGGCUUCUUUAUUGUAAAGGUGCACCUGGGUCUAGACUUGUUCAUCUUGAUGAACAACAUACUAGGGAUCUUGUUCUUUCUCAACAACUUGUUGUUCCUGAUGUUUCUGCAGACAUUGAUUUCUCUAAUGGGACAAGUGGUAUUCUCAGAACCCCUGUUUGUAGUUUCCAAGAGAUGGCAAACUAUUUCAAUGAGAGGUCAGGCAUAAAAGGACACAUUCCACUUGGAAGCUUCAAUUCUAUGUUCAAUUUCACUGGCUCCUCGAUGGUUGAUGCAGCAGCCACCAAAUCACUUGCCAUGGUUGGAUAUUUCAUUCCACUGUUUGAAGUUAAAUUAACGAAACAAAAUUUGGUUUUGAAUGAUGAAGUCAGGCGCGCUGUUCCUUACUCUUGGGAUCCAGCAUCCUUGGCUAGUUUUAUUGAGAAUUAUGGUACCCAUAUUGUUACAUCUGCAACAGUUGGUGGAAGAGACGUCGUGUAUGUUAGGCAGCACCAAUCAUCUUCUUUGUCUGCACCAGACAUUGAGAACUAUGUUAAGGACAUUGAAAAUGAUAGGUUUCUUGAUGCAAAAAACACAUCUGGACCUGCUGCUUUGAAGUACAAGGAGAAGGAUGUUACAGUCAUUUUUAGGAGGAGAGGAGGGGAUGAUCUUGAGCAAAGUCAUACUAAAUGGGUGGAAACUGUAAAAUUGGCACCAGACAUCAUUAACAUGAAGUUUACACCCAUCGUUUCUCUUCUUGAAGAAGUACAUGGUGUAAAGCUUUUGGCCCGUGCAAUUGAACUAUAUCUGGAGUACAAACCUCCUAUUGAAGACCUACAAUAUUUCCUGGAUUUCCAAAUAACUCGAGUUUGGGCACCAGAGCAGAAUAAUCUACAAAGAAAAGAGCCUGUCUGUCAAUCUCUUCAGUUCAGCUUAAUGGGACCUAAGCUUUAUAUCAGUCCAGAUCAGGUAACAGUUGGACGCAAGCCCGUGACUGGACUAAGGCUGAGCCUAGAAGGCAACAAACAAAACCGACUCGCAAUUCAUUUGCAACAUUUAGUGUCACUCCCAAAAAACCUUCAACCUCACUGGGAUGCACACAUGGCCAUAGGUGCUCCCAAAUGGCAAGGUCCCGAAGAACAAGACAGCCGCUGGUUUGAGCCAAUCAAAUGGAAGAACUUCUCCCACGUAAGCACUGCACCAAUUGAGAUAACUGAAACUAACAUCGGAGACCUCUCUGGUGUUCAUAUUGUCACCGGGGCCCAACUCGGCGUUUGGGAUUUUGGUGCCAAAAAUGUACUACACCUCAAACUACUUUUCUCUAAGGUACCGGGAUGCACAAUAAGGCGAUCAGUAUGGGAUCAUAACCCUUCCACUCCGGCAGCUACACACAAAUCAGACGGUGCUUCAUCGUCAUCGACAAAGAAACCUUCUGAUGAUAAAAAGGAAGAUAGUUCAGCACACAUUGGAAAACUAGCGAAAAUUGUUGACAUGACAGAAAUGUCGAAAGGGCCGCAAGAUAUUCCUGGUCAUUGGUUAGUAACAGGUGCUAAGCUUGGAGUAGAAAAAGGAAAAAUUGUACUUAGGAUAAAGUACUCCUUGCUAAACUAUUGAUCCACAUAUUCAGAUAUUCUUCUCCUUUUGAUUAUUUAUUUUUUCCCCUUCACACUAGAAACAAUAGUCAAGCAUUCUUUGCACAGGGAAUCAAUCUUUUGAGUUCUUUUGUGAUAUGUAGAUUUUCAUUUUUAGUUAUUUAGUUGAUGCUGAUGCAGUGGUUUAUUAUAUUUCUAUAACUAUUAAAUUUUGUUUAUUUAAUGGAAUAUGAACAGUGACAUUAAGAGGUGAGUUUAUGCAUGUCUUGAACUACAUAGAUUCAUUAAAAGUUUGGAGGACUUUCUUCUA